AACGCUCGCAACUUGGCGAAAAGCAACUUAAUUGGCCUCAAGUGCACGCGCAACUUGGCGAAAAGUUGGACACUUGAGUACGUGGCAGGACCUACCAUCGAUGGACGACGAGUUGUGUGUGCCUCGAUCGUAUUACCUUCUGCCUUUUGCCGACAAUGGCUUAGAAGUGCGGGACUCCAACAUUCCGGGAGCUGGCAAAGGGCUAUUCGCCACCAAGUUCCAUGCUCAAGGGUCUACCAUCUGCGAGUACUCGGGAGUUGUGGUGCCGAAUGAAGUAGCCUGGAAGCAAAAGGACAAGUCAUACCUCAUGAAGCUCGGCGGCGGUGUCUACGUGGACGCUUUAAACUGUCCUGACGUCCUGGCGCGGUACAUCAACGACUGCAGAGGACAUCGCGGGGGCUUCAACGUCCACUUCGUGAAGCGCCCGGAGGACACUAAGGCCGAUGUCGUUGCGAUGCGAGACAUUCACCCCGGAGAGGAGCUGUACGUCAACUACGGUCGUCUUUACUGGCUCGCCUACAACAUGAUGCACCCCAGUAACCCCGUGCGCUAACUGCACAUGGCGAACCUUCCGUUAAUUGAUGAAUACCACUACAUUGCGUUAAUUGAAAAAGAAUGGCAUGGUCUAC